AUGGUCUCAGAAUACGCAAGGCCUUCAAAGGAGAUCGAUUGCCAGCGGAGGUCUGCAAUUUGCGUCGGAAAUCCCCAGCAGAUAUGGACACUGUUUGUCACAUCUGAGCCGAACAACAGCGCUUACAGGAUGAGUAUAAAUAACUAUGCACAUCAAAUUGAUUAUGCCGGACUCAUUAUAAUUUCACUGUUGCCGGACCGAUGCCAGGAGGAGAAACGAGGUGGACUGAAGACCGUAAAACGCUCUCCGUUAAACUUGGCCACCUGCCAACUUAUACCGGUCACGGCUAUCAAGGAUCACUCAGACUAUGAAAAGCCGGCGAUGAAAAGCCUCCUCACCGCCUUCUGGAAGCGAGGGUGUAGCAGCACGACAACGGCGUUGAAAAUCGACGAAACGACGACCAAGAUGAAAUUGGAAAGCAUGUGCUACCCGUUCUGA